AUGGCUCAUGUAGAGAAGGUGACGAUUCUUGGGUCCGAUUCCAUCCAUGUUGGUUACGGAAUUCAGGACCACAUCGUCAAAGAAACUCUCCAGAACUUGGCCACAUCCACCUAUGUCAUAAUCACAGAUGAGAACAUGGAGAAGACAGCUCCAUUCCGAAAAUUGAAGGCUUCUUUCGAAGCUCAGAUCAAGGAGGAGAGACCAAAUUCAAGACUUCUUUCCUAUGCCGUCUCUCCUGGUGAGAACAACAAGUCCAGAGACACGAAGGCCAAAGUGGAGGAUUUUCUUUUGUUGAAUGGAUGCACUAGAGAUACAGUGAUUCUUGCUGUGGGCGGUGGUGUUGUGGGUGAUAUGAUUGGGUUUGUUGCUGCCACGUUCAUGAGAGGCGUACGUGUGGUGCAGGUGCCUACAACGUUGCUUGCAAUGGUUGAUAGUUCUGUUGGUGGUAAGACUGCCAUUGACACACCUUUGGGUAAGAACUUCAUUGGCGCCUUCCACCAACCAAAGUAUGUGUUUGUGGAUGUUUCAUUCUUGGAAACAUUGCCUACAAGACAAUUCAUCAACGGUAUGGCUGAGGUUGUGAAAACAGCUGCAAUUUGGGAUGAAGCAGAAUUCACCAGACUCGAGAAUUUCGCCUCGACUUUCAUUAAUGUUGUGACUUCGGAUUCCAUCGAUCUUGCUGAGAUCAAAACUGACUUGGUAAAGACGGUAUUGGGCCUGAUCAGAGUGAAGGCAGAGGUGGUGUCCAAAGAUGAGAAGGAAUCGAGCUUGAGAAACUUGCUCAACUUUGGCCACACCAUUGGACAUGCCAUUGAGGCCAUUGUAACUCCUCAGGCUCUCCACGGUGAGUGUGUGUCCAUUGGUAUGGUUCUUGAGGCCGAAUUAUCCAGAUACUGGGGAAUCCUUAGUCCUGUUGGUGUAGCAAGACUCAUUAAGUGUCUCAAUGCAUACAACCUUCCAACAUCACUCGACGACAAGACAUUUCUUCUGAAUGUUGGCUUCAAAAGGCAUCUAGUGGUCGUUGACAGUGUUUUGAAAAAGAUGGCUGUGGACAAGAAGAAUGAUGGAUCCAAAAUCAGAACAGUCAUCCUUGAAGCGAUCGGAAAAUGCUACCAGUGGAAAGCACAUGAGGUUUCUCGUGAAGAUCUCAGGUUUGUUCUCACUGAUGAAACCCUUGUGAAACCUUUCAACCCGGAAACUACUCCCGCUACGAAUACAGUGAUCCCUCCCGGGUCCAAAUCUAUCUCUAACAGAGCGUUAAUUUUAGCUGCGCUUGGUCUUGGAACGGUGAAGAUCAAGAACUUGUUGCACUCGGAUGACACCAAGCAUAUGUUAAGUGCGGUUUCAGCUUUGAAGGGGGCUGAUAUUCGCACUGAAGAUAAUGGUGAAACCAUUGUGGUGACCGGUAACGGUGGGAAUUUGAAAACUUGUGACGAACAAAUCUACUUGGGUAACGCCGGAACCGCCUCUAGAUUUUUGACCACAGUUGCUGCUUUAGUAAAUUUGAACACAGACUCUGGUGAUCAUACAAUCUUGACUGGUAAUGCCAGAAUGCAAGAGAGACCUGUUGGGCCAUUAGUCGAUGCGUUGAGAAGCAACGGCUCCGAUAUUGAAUACCUAAACAAUGAGGGCUCCUUACCUCUAAAGAUCAAGGCAGGUAAAGGCCUCAAAGGUGGCAGAAUUGAACUUGCUGCUACCAUAUCCUCGCAGUACGUUUCGUCCAUCUUAAUGUGCGCUCCAUACGCUGAUAACGAAGUGACGUUGGCACUUGUUGGCGGAAAACCAAUAUCACAAUUGUACAUAGACAUGACUAUCUCCAUGAUGAAAUCAUUUGGCAUUAACGUUGUGAAGUCGACGACAGAGGAACACACUUACCAUAUACCUAAAGGUGUUUACAAGAACCCUGAGGUUUACGAGAUAGAAUCUGAUGCGUCUUCAGCGACAUAUCCAUUGGCUUUUGCAGCUAUGACUGGUACAUCAUGCACUGUUCCCAACAUCGGGUCAUCUUCUUUGCAGGGUGAUGCCAGAUUUGCUGUGGAUGUUUUGAAGCCAAUGGGUUGCAUUGUCGAGCAGACUUCCACGUCAACUACUGUUAAGGGACCAAAAAGAGGUACUCUUAAGCCUUUGAAGCACGUUGAUAUGGAGCCAAUGACAGACGCUUUCCUAACUGCUUCAGUUGUUGCGGCUAUUGCAAAUGACUCAACGCCUACCCAGAUUACUGGUAUCGCGAAUCAGAGGGUGAAGGAAUGUAACAGAAUCAAGGCCAUGGUUGAUGAAUUGGCCAAGUUUGGCGUGACUGCUAAUGAAUUGCCCGAUGGUAUCGAGAUUUACGGAGUGGAUUACAAGAAUUUGAAGGCACCGCUGGCUGAGACUGGCGGAGUCAAGACUUAUGAUGACCACAGGGUCGCUAUGUCGUUCUCUUUGCUUGCUGGAAUGUGCUCUGAGUCUGUCUUGAUUACCGAAAGAUCAUGCACAGGCAAAACAUGGCCAGGGUGGUGGGAUGUUUUGCAUACCAAUUUUGGUGUCGAUCUCGAUGGAUUCGAACCACCAAGAGAUUUGAAUGAUAUAAGUCUCCUUGCUAACACCGCUAAGAAUGGUGAUAAGUCUAUAAUUGUUAUUGGCAUGAGAGCCGCGGGUAAGUCCACAGUGAGUCGCUGGAUGGCUGAGCUACUCGGUUUUGAUCUCAUUGAUGCGGAUUCGGUCUUUGAGGAGGAGCAUGGUGAUAUCAGGGACUUCAUCAAGAACGAAAGUUGGCAAAAGUUCCGCGAGAUUGAAGCCAACCUUCUUAAGAAAAUUUUAAGUGAAAAGCCAACUGGCCAUGUUAUUUCAACUGGAGGCGGUGUUGUUGAAAGUGAGGAAUGUAGAGCGCUUUUAAAAAAUCACAAGAAGACCGGAAUCGUUCUUCACUUGCAUCGUGAUCUAGAUGAGACGAUCGUUUUCUUGAAUUCAGAUGCUACAAGACCAGCGUACGUCAGUGAAGUCAAGGACGUUUGGCAAAGAAGGGAGAAAUGGUAUCAUGAGUGCUCGAACUACUUAUUCUAUUCAGCUCACUGUUCGACGGACAACGAAUUUCAAAAGUUAAGGCAAUCUUUCGCUAACUUCAUCAAGACGAUCACCGGCCUCGAAACUUUCAAAAUCCCUAGGGAUAGGACAUUUGCUGCUAAUCUCAAGCUUGAAAGCUAUGAUGGCAUCGUUGAAGCUUUGGAGGAUAUCACCGCUGCUUGCUCUGCUGUCGAAAUUAGAGUUGAUUUGUUGAAGGAUCAAACUUCAAGCUUCGUUGCUGAACAAGUCGCUUUACUUAGAAAACAUAUCAGCUUGCCAAUCAUCUUUACUGUUCGUACUAGAAGUCAAGGUGGAUCAUUCCCCGAUGAAGACCUCGAAACGUAUCAGGAAUUGACUGCGUUAGCCAUUAAACUCGGAGUUGAGUUCUUGGAUUUGCAAUUGAACAUCCCUACAGUUGUCACCAAGAAAAUUUUUGAAAAGAAGGGCUUCACAAAAAUAGUUGCGACUUAUGUUGACAUACAUGGCAAAGAGAGAUGGGAUGAACCAGCUUGGGAUAAUAGAUACAAUGCUGCGUUUAGCUUGAAUGCAGAUGUCAUCAGAUUGAUUGGAACUGCUGUGAACUUCCAGGAGAACAUUUUGUUGGAGAACUUCAGAGCUAGUCAUCAGAACACCCCGCUCAUUGCAUACAACCUCGGAGAGCAAGGAAAGUUAUCAAAGAUGUUGAAUACGAUUUUUACGCCUGUCACAAGCGAGCUUAUGCCCGGCAAUGCUUCCCAAGAAGAGGUCACCGUUGCUGAGAUCAAUUCCUCUUUGACUCUGGUGGGUAUCUUGAAUAGAAAGCAGUUCAAUGUUGUGGGUUCGCCCAUUGAGCACUCGCGUUCUCCAGAUUUACAUGGUUCUGCUUACGAAGCAUUGAGCCUACCAUACAAAUUUGGUAGAUUCGAGAGUAGCAACGCCGAGGAGGUGUACAACGAGUUGAUGAAGAAACCAGACUUUGGAGGAUUGGCUGUUACUAUGCCAUUGAAGCUUGAUAUCAUGAAGUUCAUUGACGAAUUCUCUGACGCUGCUAAACUUAUCGGCGCGGUGAAUACCGUGGUUCCACUUAAGGGUCAACCUAAUAAGUUUUUUGGUGAUAACACGGACUGGUAUGGAAUCACCAAGUCUUUCAGCAGAAACGGCGUUCCAUCUAUUGAAAACUCUAGUGUCAAUGGAUUGGUGAUUGGAGGUGGUGGUACAGCCAGGGCAGCUGCGUAUGCUUUGCAUCAAUUGGGAUGUGCCAAAAUCUAUAUGAUCAACCGGACUGCUUCUAAAUUGCAUGAUAUCGUGAGCCUCUUGCCUCAAGAAUACAACGUCGAGGUUUUGGAGAUGCAAGAACAAGUUGCAGCUGCCGAGCCAGUUUCGGUGGCAGUGUCUUGUGUUGCUGCCGACAAGCCAUUGGAUGAAAACCUCUUAGAUAGUGUGGAAAGCUUACUACAACGCGGUGCAAAAGCCAAGAAGGGGGGCUUCAACCCUACUCUUCUAGAUGCUGUGUACAAGCCAAGAGUGACCCCAAUGAUGCGGAUUGCCCAAGAGAAGUACCAAUGGACGGUUGUUCCUGGGGUUGAAAUGUUGGUGAAUCAAGGAGAGAGACAAUUUCAGGUUCAUACCGGUCUCACUCCCCCUUACAAAAUCAUUCACACGGCUGUUGUACAAGAGUAG